AUGUCUUAUUCGGCGCCACCAGAGACAGUCUCCUUCCAUGGCCUGCUGUUCGAUAUGGAUGGCACCAUCAUCGACUCAACAGCAGCAGUGGUCAAGCAUUGGCACACAAUCGGGGCCGAGAUUGGAGUUGACCCCAAAGUCAUCCUGGAGACGUCUCACGGCCGGAGGAGUAUCGACGUCCUCAAGAUACUGAGGCCUGACAAGGCCAACUGGGAAUAUGUUCGCAAUAUGGAGGGCCUUCUUCCAAAACUCUACGGCAAGGACGCCGUCGAAAUCCCCGGUGCCAGAGCCCUCCUCGACUCCCUAAUCGCCGCCAAUGCACCCUGGGCCAUCGUGACGUCCGGCACCCUUCCUCUGGUCACCGGCUGGCUCGACGUGUUGAAGCUCCCGCAUCCCGAAUACUUGGUUACCGCCGAGUCGGUCAAGAAUGGGAAACCCGACCCCGCAUGCUAUCAGCUGGGCCGGGACAAGCUGCAGCUCGGCAGCGGCGCAGAAAAGGACGUGCUUGUGUUGGAGGACAGCCCCGCGGGCAUCAUUGCGGGCAAGGCGGCGGGCUGCAAGGUGAUCGGCCUGGUGACUAGUCACACGCUGGAGCAGGUCGUCGCAGCGGAGCCCGAUUGGGUCGUCAGGGACUUGGAGUCGGUCAACAUGGUGUCGUGCGAGGGCGGACAGGUGACGCUGCAGAUUUCGGACGCUCUGGUGGCGGCAGCAGUACCGAAAUGA